CUGCUGCACUUUUCAGAUAAGGCUCUUGUUUUUGACCUGGACUUCUACGGUACUGUAGAUACAUAAACUGUAAGUCUCUUUGCUUCUUGUGGUAGAAAGCUCUGUGAGUAGUGGGAUUAACACAAACGGACUUGAUUUAUCAUAGGUGGAGGAGAGCACAAGUUUCUCAUGUAACUCAAACUCUUCGGCGUUGCACUUGAGCAGACCUCGCGCUUAUGUGAUCAAAAUAUUGUGGAUUAUGGUUUUAAGCAAACAGACCUCAACAACCACAACAGUCUCGGACAACCACUGAAGUCGGACACCACUGUUUACACAAUAACUACGCACAUGUCUGUCUGUGAGAGAGCUUUGUGGUUAUGAACCUGUGCUUCUGGUUGGACCACUGGCUUAUGGGUGUUAGCUGAGCUGAUCAUCUCAUGACAUUUCUUCAGGGGUGUCAUGAAAGGAUUCUUUCAUCUGUUUACUGAAGAUUUUGUUCUACUGUAUGACAGAUGCUUAUUUAGUCAUGUUCCAAGAAAUGACAUUUGUGCUGCUUGCUUCACCAAAGGGAGAGCUUUGCUAAUUAGGUGUAAUGUGAGCUGGACUUCAGCCUAACCAUCUCACUCAAUAUAGAAGCUGUUCCUUCUGUUCAUUCAGACAGAUUUACCAUCAGACUGGAGAUGCUGCGGUGCACCCGGCUGAGAGGAAUACUGAUCAGUUUGCUGUUGCUGUAAGCAACUCAUGGGGGAGGGGGAAUUCCUCAAAGGAAACAGUCUCGAGAUGCCCAGUCAAGAUAACAGACUGGUGACGAAGACGCAGCUGUUGGAUCGCGGCCAAUGGGCGAGCAAGUUGGAGUUCCUGCUGGCUGUAGCAGGAACCCUGGUCGGGCUGGGAAACCUCUGGAGGUUCCCCUAUUUGUGCUACAAAAAUGGGGGAGGUGCAUUUCUGGUUCCAUAUGUCUUGUUUCUGCUUGCCUGUGGUAUCCCUAUGUUCCUCCUGGAGACGGCCAUGGGACAGUUCACAUCUCAGGGAUGCAUCACGUGCUGGAGGCACUUCUGCCCUUUGUUUGAAGGGAUUGGCUACGCUACCCAGGUGGUGAUUGCAUAUGCUGCCGUGUCAUACAUUGUCAUCCAGGCAUGGGCCUUCUUCUACCUCUUCUCAUCUUUCAGUGCUGAAGUCCCAUGGGCCACCUGCAGAAACACCUGGAACACAGAGUCUUGUGUUGAAUUUGAUAAAACAAAUGCGUCCUCAAACUGGACAGCAAACGCAACAACACCUGCAACAGAAUUCUGGGAGAGACGAGUACUGGGUAUAUCUCAAGGGAUUGAGGAAAUUGGUAGCCUGAGGUGGGAGUUGGCUUUGUGUCUCUUACUGGCAUGGAUCCUGUGCUACUUCUGUGUUUGGAAAGGAGUGAGAUCCACUGGAAAGGUAGUUUACUUUACAGCCACAUUCCCCUACCUCAUGUUGGUGGUUCUGUUGGCUCGUGGACUCACUCUACCAGGAGCUAUGGAUGGCUUAGCUUUCUACUUGUAUCCUGACCCAACAAGGUUGGUGGACCCUCAAGUUUGGAUGGACGCAGGCGCACAGGUUCUGUUCUCUUUUGGGAUUUGUCAGGGGAGUUUGACCGCCCUGGGUAGUUACAAUCAGUAUAACAAUGACUGUUUCAAAGACACAUUUGUUCUUUGCUUGGUGAAUGGCGGGUCCAGUUUUGUGGCAGGGUUUGCAAUCUUUUCUGUUUUGGGCUUCAUGUCCUACGAACAAGGACUGCCAAUAUCUGAAGUGGCUGCCUCUGGACCUGGUUUGGCAUUUAUUGCCUAUCCACGUGCAGUAGCCAUGAUGCCUUUACCUCAGCUAUGGGCUAUAUGCUUCUUCGUCAUGGUCAUCUUGUUGGGUGCAGAUACACAGUUUGUGAGUCUUGAGUGCCUGAUGACCUCAGUGACGGACAUGUUUCCCACUGUGUUUCGAAGAGCUUAUCGCCGAGAGCUGCUGCUGCUUUGUCUCUGCUCUGUUUGCUUCUUUCUCGGCCUCCUUCUCGUCACAGAGGGUGGCUUGUAUUUCCUUCAACUCUUUGACCAUUAUGUUUGUAGUGGCAACAAUCUUCUUCUUCUUUCAGUGUGUCAGACGAUAGCAAUUGGAUGGAUAUAUGGUGCAGACCGUCUCUUUGACAACAUUGAAGAUAUGAUUGGUUAUCGUCCAUGGCCAAUAAUGAAGUUUUGCUGGCUUUACAUUACCCCUGCUGUUUGUCUGGGUACCUUCAUCUUUUCAUUGGUGAGAUACAAGCCUCUCAAGUUCAACAAAACCUACGUCUACCCGACCUGGGCCUACGCUUUGGGCUGGUCUCUUGGGCUGUUCUGUGUUCUCCUAGUCCCACUGUGGAUCAUCUUUAAAGUUACUCAGAUGAAAGGGACGAUAUGGCAGAACGUCAAGCAGCUUUGCCGCCCUGAAAACAAGACACACAACACGGUGAAGCAGCCAGAGCAGUGCCCUCUGAACCCAGACGACACUCUUACACCUGCUGCCAAUGAUUACAAGGGAAGUGGUUUUACAAGAUGAGCAUUUUUAAGAAAUUAUGAUGAGCAAUAAACUCUGCUGGGUUACCAUGUCAGGUCUGCAACGUGCACGGUAAGCAGGGAGCUUUGUAUCCCUAUGCUAAACCAGCAAACACAGAAUAGAGAAGACAAAGUUUAUAAAGUUUUUAAAAUCUAUUUUCAAUUAAAGCAAUCCUUUAAUGAGUAUGAUUAAGUUAAAUCACCAUCUUCAUGUUUAAGUAUCCUACCUCCAUAGAGGAAUAGGACGGCAGUCCUAAUAUUGUCACUGUCCACGGUGUCACAGUUCAUUCAUUCAUUAUUUCCUGCCUUUCAGCCACCUGAUUCUUCCCCACCCUCGUCACUUUGAUCCACUCACCUGUUCCCAAUUCCCUAAUUAGCUCUUAGUAUUUAUACCGGCCCAUUGCCACUUAUUCCCUGUCGGAUUGUCUACUGUGCUUUCUAUGCCAUAGCUUGCCAGCCUUUCUUUCCUGCCUUUUUUUUUUUUUUUGGAUUUUAAGUUUUUGCCUACUCCGUUUGCCUGGCUCAGCCCACAUGCUGACCUCACCUAUUGUUUGC